UUUACCAGUGACCCGCCAACAUGGGCCGCGUUCGCACCAAAACCGUGAAGAAGGCGGCCCGGGUCAUCAUUGAGAAGUACUACACCCGCCUGGGCAACGACUUCCACACCAACAAGCGCGUGUGCGAGGAGAUCGCCAUUAUUCCCAGCAAGAAGCUCCGCAACAAGAUCGCAGGCUAUGUCACACACCUGAUGAAGCGGAUCCAGAGGGGCCCUGUGAGAGGUAUCUCGAUCAAGCUGCAGGAGGAGGAGAGAGAGAGGAGAGAUAACUAUGUUCCUGAGGUCUCAGCCUUGGAUCAGGAGAUCAUUGAAGUAGACCCUGACACUAAGGAAAUGCUCAAACUCUUGGACUUUGGCAGUCUCUCCAACCUGCAAGUCACUCAGCCUACAGUUGGGAUGAAUUUCAAAACCCCACGUGGAGCCGUUUGAAUCUUUCUGCUGUGCUGUAAUAUUUGCAAUAAACCUUGAACAACAACAAAAAAAAAAAAAAA